GACCGACGGAGCUGGAACCGCUCACAUCACAUUCUUCAUCUCAUCAGAGCCCGGUGAAGGACCUACCCAGCAUACAACAUCACUUAGCUAGCUAGGUUAUUGGACCUCUGACUAAACGAUACGAAUAGAGACCUAAAACCUCUCGAUUUACUAGCUAGCUAGCUAUCAUUUUCAUUUACUGUCAUCCAUGAGAUUCUUCAGGCUAUCAUUCAAGUGCUUCGUCGACUGCUUUUGAAUUCCCUCUCCCCAACGUCUGACGCGACGCUUUGUAAAUAUUGCAUUUAUUGUUGAAGGGCACCAACUCGUUAUGAUAAAUUAAAAAAAUAUACAUUUUUUUUUUUUGAUAACAAGAAGGCGAAAAAAAGGAACCAAGGAAAGAACCGCUGUCUCUCUCCCCCUCUGAGGCGCACUGAGUAUCUGAUAGCGUCACUAGCUACUAGCUAGCUGCACUUGGCUCUACCCACCUAACGUUACCCGGUUUAUUUAAACCUAAUCAAUCAACAUGUCGCCAGAAGUGGAAGAGACCUCCCCAGGUGAUGUGCGGCUCUCCCAGAUGGAAGCAGGGAUUCCAUCUGAGGAGGAGGGUGGUGUGGCUCGCCCCCUAGUCCCUGUGCCUGGGGUUGGGGUGGGGGCAGGGGGGUGUGAGGGAGGGGGAGGACAGACCCAAACACAGCCUCAGGUCCAGGCUACAGCAGUACCGUAUGUGGAGAGAGAGACCUGGACCAGACAGAUGGACUUCAUCAUGUCCUGCGUGGGCUUCGCUGUAGGGCUGGGCAACGUGUGGCGCUUCCCUUACCUCUGCUACAAGAACGGUGGAGGCGUGUUCCUGAUCCCCUACAUGAUUAUUGUGUUCAUCGGAGGUAUUCCCGUGUUCUUCCUGGAAAUCGCUCUUGGUCAAUUCAUGAAGCAAGGAGGGGUCUCUGCAUGGAACAUUGCCCCUCUCUUUAAAGGUCUUGGCCUGGCCUCCAUGGUAAUAGUGUUCUUCUGUAACACCUACUACAUCAUGAUCCUGGUGUGGGGCUUGUACUUCCUGCUUCACUCCUUCACCAACCCAUUACCCUGGGCUACCUGCGGGCACCCCUGGAACACCCUCAACUGCACCGAAAACUUCCGCCGGGCUUGCCACAACCGCAGCACCCUGCCUCUCCUCUCCUCCACCCCCGAUCCCUCUAUCCCCACCUCCCUCCUCUCGUCGGUGGUAUCCUCCCCGCUCAACCUCUCAUCCUCUACUCUGCUCCUCUUCAACGGCAGCUGCGUGGAACCAGAGGGCAUGCGCUCGCCAGUCAUUGAGUUCUGGGAGCGUAAGGUGCUCCGUCUCUCUGGUGGUCUGGAUGAGCCUGGUGACAUCAGCUCUCACAUGGUCCUCUGUCUGAUCGCCACCUGGGUUAUUGUUUACUUCUGCAUCUGGAAGGGAGUCAAAGGCACAGGCAAGGUAGUGUACUUCACAGCUCUGUUUCCUUACCUGGUCCUGGUGGUUCUGUUGGCCCAUGGUGUAACCUUACCUGGAGCGCUGGAUGGGAUUGUGUACUAUCUGAAACCAGACUGGUCCAAACUCUGGGAAGCCCAGGUGUGGAUCGAUGCUGGCACUCAGAUCUUCUUCUCCUAUGCCAUUGGUCUGGGUGCUUUAACUGCCCUUGGCAGCUACAACCGCUUCCACAACAACUGCUACCAAGAUGCGUUUGUUCUAGCCAUGAUCAACAGUGGGACCAGUUUCUUUGCAGGGUUUGUGGUGUUCUCAGUGCUGGGCUUCAUGGCUGCAGAGCAGGGGGUCGACAUCAGCAAGGUGGCCGAGAGUGGUCCAGGCCUGGCCUUCAUAGCCUAUCCCAAGGCUGUUACUCUGAUGCCUAUGGCUCCGGUCUGGGCAGCGCUCUUCUUCUUCAUGCUGUUGGUACUGGGCCUGGAUAGCCAGUUUGUUGGGGUGGAGGGCUUUGUCACGGGGGUCAUGGACAUGCUACCGCCCAAAUCUAUGGCGGGCUCGCUGCGUCGUGAGGUUGUCGUGGCGAUAUGCUGCAUCACCUGCUUUUUCAUCGACCUCUCCAUGGUAACAGAGGGAGGGAUGUAUGUGUUCCAGCUGUUUGACUACUACUCUGCCAGUGGGAUCACACUGCUCUGGCAGGCCUUCUGGGAGUGUGUGGUGGUGGCCUGGGUCUAUGGUGCAGAUCGUUUCAUGGAUGAUGUGGCUCGUAUGAUUGGCUACCGGCCGAUGCCCUACAUGAAGUGGUGCUGGUCCUACAUCACGCCCCUUGUUUGUGUGGGAGUGUUCCUGUUCCACGUGGUGAACUACAAGCCCCUGACCUAUAACUCAGUGUAUACCUACCCCUUGUGGGGGGAGGCGCUGGGCUGGUGUCUGGCCCUCUCCUCAAUGCUCUGCAUCCCCAUCACUGUCCUCUACAAACUACUGCGCUGCAAAGGAUCCUUCACAGAGCGUUGGCAGCACCUGACCACUCCGGUGUGGGGUCGACAUCACAUGGAGUACUUGGCUCCUGAGUCUGAGGCCAAACUGCUGCCCCCUAAUGGCCAGACCAAAAACACUUUGCUGUUUGAGAGUGUCAUCUGACCAUCUGA